AUGUCGACCAAACGCGACAGCGUCGACUGGGCCGGCCUGCGGCGGCUUCCCUCCGUCAGGGAGAAGCUGUCGGGCUUUGUGCGUCUCAGACACGGGCUGUCGAGGAAGAAGACCAUGUCGACACUCGGCGAGCACCAGGACGAGAGGCCAUCGAUCGACGAUAGCAUCAAGUCUGGCUUCCCGCGAGUCCAGGUGCAGGACUUUGGGACCUCGACCCUCGACAUCGACCUACAGGCUCUGGAAGCCUUCCGCAACGUGCCCCAGCCGCAACAGACGCGGACGCGGCCCGACAAGAGUGCGCAGAAGCAGAAGCCUCCCACGACGGCGUCGUCGACGACGCCCAUUGCCGACAUGUUCUCCAAGAGAUCGUCCAUCCUCGAGCCCACGUCGGGCAACGCGUCCCCGCGCACGAAGCCCUCCUCGCAGGCCAAGUCUCCCCUCGCCAAUUCCUCGCUCGCCAACUCCUCGGACGACAAGAAGUCUUCGCUCGCCAAGUCUUCGGCCGCCAAACCUUCGCUCAACAAGGCUUCGCCGUCAACCAACGCAUCCUCUGCAAACAAAGCCGGCAGGCCUGCUGCCGCCGCCGACGGACGCCGCCCCGGCCAUGCCCCCUCUCGCUCGACAAACGCCUCGGGUCCCGUCGUCACCGUGAAGAUCAUCAGCUCCGACCAUGCUGAACCGCAACCAGCGAAACCCUGGCCGCCCCCGAUGGCCCCGCGCGCGUCUGCGCCCAUCCGCACUCGGGUGCUCACAACCUCGGACGCGAGACAGCCCGGCAAGCUGCAGCUCCGCGAUCCGCCGCGCGCCGCCUAUGCACCCUCGAGUGCCGGCCCCGUUGCCGCGGCGGAACCCAUCGCCAGAUACCGCCAACAGGUUGUCGCCGCCGUUGCCGAGGCGGACAAGCGCUUCUCGACGCCUUCGACGACGCCGGGCUCCCUGUCUGUAGGCAGCAACCGAACGGAUCGGAGACGGUCCUGGCAGCAGGCUCCGUCAUCGGGCGUGUCGACGCCCUCCGGACCGCCCUCCGCAUCCGCACCGUGGCGCAAUGCCGUCGACCGGCAGACAUCGGCGCGCCUCGCGACGGACCGCCUCAGCUGGAUCCGGGAGCUCGAGCAGGGCAAGAAGAACUCGACCAUCAGCAGCGACCUCACCGUGCUUAAGACGGUGCGGGGGAGCGUGGCCGACAAGCUGGCCAAGUUCGAGAGCAAGCAGCAGCAGCAGCAGCUGCCGCCUCUCACCCGGUCCAACUCGACCCGGAGCCGGCCGGCGUCCAUCGCCGACACGUUCUCCUCGUACGGGGGCAUAACCACUGGCCGGUCGUCCCUCGACAGCCACCGCCCGUCGUCCGUCUUCUCGCACUACGACGACUCGUUCCGCGAGAAGAUGGAGGUCAUCGCCGGCAACGCCAACCGCAAGGCCGACGAGGACAGCAACGAGGAGAAGGAGAAGCCCGCCCUGACCCAGGUCAAGUCCGCCUUCGUCUCAGUCGACAAGGGAUACAGGCCGGCGUGCGUCGACAAGCCUCAGCAGGUUUGA